CUCAACACACACAAUCUCCACUCCACAACAGCCACAAUCCUAAUGCCACUCCAUGACAGCACAUUAUUUAUAUGAAUGCCCCAACGCACAGACGUAUGGACUGCUUCAUAUGAGACCGUCGAGGACUGUUGACAGACUAGUAGCCUACAAACCGAAUAGAGUCAAUAGACUAUAAAUGUCCCAGCGCUGAACUGACAUCUGAACACGGUGGUGUCAUGGCGAGCGCCAUCCAAGAGCGCGCGGACACCGAAAAGGACUCACCGAUAGAGAACAAACCGAAGAAUCACACUCGCUCCCUGAGCUCGCCACCUUCACCGCAGACAACGUGCACACAGCAGGGAAUGGAUGGAAUAAAAGUAUACAUGCUAGAGCGGGAACUGUGGGAUAAAUUCCACGAGGUUGGAACGGAGAUGAUCAUCACUAAGGCGGGAAGGCGGAUGUUCCCCUGCUACAAGGUGAAGGUGACGGGCCUCAACCCUAAAAGCAAGUACAUUCUCCUCAUGGAUAUCGUGCCAGCAGAUGACCACCGCUACAAGUUUGCUGAUAAUAAAUGGUCUGUUUCGGGGAAGGCGGAGCCGGCCAUGCCAGGGAGGUUGUACGUUCACCCUGACUCUCCAGCCACUGGGAGCCACUGGGCACGCCAGCUUGUCUCCUUCCAGAAACUCAAACUCACUAACAACCACCUGGACCCCUUUGGACACAUUAUAUUAAACUCAAUGCAUAAAUACCAACCCCGCCUCCACAUCGUUAAAGCAGAUGAACACAAUGGGUUUGGUUCCAAGAACACAGCCUUCUGCACGCACAUGUUCUCAGAGACCUCAUUCAUCGCCGUGACAUCAUACCAGAACCACAAGAUCACCCAGCUGAAGAUAGAGAACAACCCGUUCGCUAAGGGCUUCAGAGGCAGUGAUGACAUGGAGCUGCACCGCAUGGCUAAGAUACAGGGUAAGGAGUAUCCGGUGGUUCCUCGUAGCUCAGUGCGUCAGAGGGUGUGUCCUAGUGUGAGUCCGUUUGGGGGGGAAGCGAGGGGGUUGGGUUCACACCCCUAUUCCUGUGAGAAUGGGGUGAGCAGCACCACCCAGGAUCUCCUCACCCUCCCUCCAGCCCCCUACACCCUCCCCCAACCAGACCCACACAAACACAUGCAGGUGUACCACUGCAACAAGAGGAAAGCAGAUGAUACCUGUCCUACAACAGAGCAUCACCAGUACAGGAAGUCCUACAUCAACAGUUCUCCCAGCGAUGUUGAGUCUUACUAUCACCCAUCUGCUUACCCUCCUCCUCCUCCUCUUCCUCCCGCUGUCCAUCCCCAUCCCCCUGGUCUCUCUGACUCCCUCUACAGGUCAGAGGCGGGGCAGCGGCAGGCGUGUAUGUUUGCUGGAUCUGAGCCCAGAGUGGAUGACCUCAGCUGUACAUCCUGGUCCUACAGCUGCCCUUUGACUCCUGCUAUGACCCCCAUGACCCCUACUGACCCCUACAUGACCUUCCCCCACCAGCCCUACUCCUCCAGUCCCCGGGGCUCUCAGCUGAGCUCAGUAGCCCACCAAUGCUCUCCUCCUCUGGACUCUCUCUCCCAGUGCCCCUACCAGACCCAGAACUCCAGACCACCCCAGACACCCCAACAUACCAGCCCACCCCUCAGAGAGUACCACUGCUACCCCACCUCCCUGUCUCCUACCCAAUACCACACCCUACACACACAGACCAGGGGAGGGGUCCCAGAGUGGAGCGAGCCCACCUGAUUGAACCACAGGUGUAGGGGAAAGACAGACUGGUGGCUGGGGGUUCUAUUUAUGUGAGGUGUUUAUGUGAGGUGUGUCGUUUGAUGUGUGAAGAGAUUUAAUUUGCCAAUUGUGUCUUUCCCUGUGCUGUGGAUUGAGCCUUGGAUCGUCUUUGUGUUACAUUAAAUACCACCCCCCACUGUCUGGGACCACUCUGGAAGGAACUGAUGUUAGUGGAACCAGGUGGAUAAGCACUCUAACUGGAGGGACAGGAAGGAAGAUGACAACGUUCCGAACUUCAUCCCUGAGACUGUUUUUAAUAAUGCACUAUGUUACCUGUCUGUCCCUUGAAGAAGUGUGACAGUGUCUCUGUGGCCGUGGUUUCCAGUUGGUUUGUGUGUGUGUGUGUGUGUGUGUGUGUGUGUGUGUGUGUGUGUGUGUGUGUGUGUGUGUGUGUGUGUGUGUGUGUGUGUGUGUGUGUGUGUGUCAGCUCAGCUCAGCUCAGCUCAGGGCUGCUGUGAGUUAAUGUCGGCUGAGAGGCCGGCUGAGUGGCCACAGGCAGAGCAGAGGAGAGAUAAACAGUUAGUUUAGACCAGGCUGCAGGGAGUAAGACGUGACACACACAGACACACAUGCACACACAUGCACACACACACACUCACACACACAGGGCCAUGCACAGAUCUUUGGUGGGGCAGGUUCUCAAAGUGAAAUAACCCCCCCAAAAUAAUAAUAUAUAUAACUUAAAUCCAUUCAUUGUUUUCUACUGCUCUUGUAGACAAAUUCUAAUGUAUUCAUGUUUUUUUUUACAUAGGCCUUAAUUCUCUGCAAUAACACUCAUUCAUCACACAUUGUAGGGCAUUAAAGCUAGAACUACAAAUGACAGGGAGUUAAAAGAACCACUACUGGGGUGGGCUAUAUCAGCUGAUCAUCUAGAAUGUAGGUAAUGAAUCAGCUAGUUAGCAUGGUUAUGCUGUCAAAACAAGCUAACUAGUGUUUAUCUGAUUUAAAUUGGUUCUGCUACUAACAAACAGUCAAACUGCGGGGGCCUCCCGAGUGGCGCAGUGGUUAAGGGCCACCAGAGACUCUGGGGUUCGAGCCCAGGCUCUGUCGUGACUGACCGCAACGCACAAUUGGCCCAGCGUCGUCCAGGUUAGGGAGGGCUUGGUCUGUAGGGAUGUCCUUGUCUCAUCGCGCACCAGCGACUCCUGUGGCGGGCCGGUUGGGUUGGGUGCGCGCUGUGUUAAGAAGCAGUGAGGCUUGGUUGGGUUGUGUAUCGGAGGAUGUAGAGAUGAGACAAGAUAGUAGCUACUAACAAUUGGAUACCACAAAAUUGGGGAGAAAAAGGGGUAAAAAAAAAAAUGUUUAAAUGUAAACUGUCAAACUGCAGAUGUCCCCUUCCAUGUCCCUGACCGUGAAACAACACAUGCUAGCAACUCCAAAGUAACCCACUACUGGCAAAUAUGAAUUUAAAAUUCCCCCCCCGGUACCGGGGACUUAUCUCAUCAUUGAAGAGUUCAUGAGAAAUGAUCUAAUUUGACGGACAAUGUGUUGCAUUGGAAGUUAGAAGAGACGGCACUAAUCAAAAGGGCACUGUUUUCAAAGGAGGGCAAAGGGCAGGUGCUCCAACACCCCUAGGGCUCUGUCUGUGCACCACAGGAGGUUGGUGGCACCUUAAUUGGGGAGGACUGGCUCGUGGUAAUGGCUGGAGUGGAAUAAGUGGAAUAGUAACAAUUACAUCAAAGAAAUUAUUUCCAUGUGUUUGAUGCCAUUCCAUCUUUUCCGUUCCAUCCAUUAUUAUGAGCCGUCAUUCCCACAGCAGCCUCCUGUGCUGUGCACGUGCCUGCAUACACACACCUUUAGUUUCAUUUGGAGGCAGCCGGAGGGCAAAAGACCUGUACACAAUCCAAUUGCAUUUUUGAUAUUCACACAUUUCAUCAUCAUGUUGCGGUCACAGCUGCCAUGUCCUUUACUCCCCAACUGGCUAAACAACACUCCGUUACCCCGAACUGGCUAAACAACACUCCGUUACCCCGAACUGGCUAAACAACACUCCGUUACCCUCGAACUGGCUAAACAACACUCCGUUACCCCGAACUGGCUAAACAACACUCCGUUACCCUCGAACUGGCUAAACAACACUCCGUUACCCCGAACUGGCUAAACAACACUCCGUUACCCCGAACUGGCUAAACAGCACUCCGUUACCCGAACUGGCUAAACAACACUCCGUUACCCCGAACUGGCUAAACAACACUCCGUUACCCCGAACUGGCUAAACAACACUCCGUUACCCCGAACUGGCUAAACAACACUCCGUUACCCCGAACUGGCUAAACAACACUCCGUUACCCCGAACUGGCUAAACAACACUCCGUUACCCCAAACUGGCUAAACAACACUCCGUUACCCCGAACUGGCUAAACAACACUCCGUUACCCCGAACUGGCUAAACAACACUCCGUUACCCCGAACUGGCUAAACAACACUCCGUUACCCCGAACUGGCUAAACAACACUCCGUUACCCCGAACUGGCUAAACAACACUCCGUUACCCCGAACUGGCUAA